AUGUGUACAUCAUUCAGUACUGUGACCAGAUCCAAGUGGCCACAGUCUCCUUAUGUCUCCUUCUUUUGCGAGAUCUUCCCAUUGAUUGACCUCAAACUUCAGAAGAUGGAUCCGGAAGACUGGGGACGCUCAGGCUCUUAUAUGGAAGACAACCUGGAUGUCAUUAACGCCAACCACAGCAGUGUGAGGUAUGGCUCUUGUUACAAAGCUCAUUGCAACAAGGACAAGAGAAGACAAGCGGAUGGCUACUGGGAUCAUUGGUUCUACAUUCAUCCUUCGAAUCUGCUCUCCGAUAUCUUUCACUUCUAUGAGAAGACCAGACCUUGCCGGUAA